CUUGAUAUAGAACAUGAUCUCUGCCAUUUCUUUCGACCUGUUUAGGCAUCUUCUGUACAGCCCUUUUCUCGCCUCAGACCUUCACAGACCCCGGUCAAGAUAACCUCUCUCUCGUCCUACCAUGUCAGAAAUGCAUGGAGAAAUCAUGUGGCCUAUAUUAAUAGCCAACAAGAUCCUCAAGAAGAGAUUGGGAAGGAACAAUUUUGUCACUGAUUUUCCGAGCAAUAGUACGGAAAGCUUUCUGGAAAUUCCGAGCUCUGAGCAAUCAUCCUUGAGCCCUAAGAGCAUCUUUAAUCAUCACAAGCACGUGCCCAAGGUAUUCGUUGGUACUUGGAACGUUGGCGGGGUUGCACCACAUGAUGAUUUGAAUAUAAAGGAUUUGAUCGAUUUAUGCAACACUUCCUGUGACAUUUAUGUUUUUGGGUUUCAAGAAAUAGUGCCUCUGAAAGCGUCAAAUGUAUUUGGAUCAGAGAAUCGUAAAAUAUCAAUGAAAUGGAAUUCCUUGAUUAGAGAAGCUCUCAACAAGAAAAUACGCUUCCCGGACAAAGAACAACAUGAUGAUCAUGAUCUACAAGAAAUGCAAAGUCAAUGUCCUGUAGAAAAUAUUGGAAAGACAAUGAAAAGCAGCACUCCACAAGACUUCCAGUGUAUCGUAAGUAAGCAAAUGGUUGGGAUACUUAUAUCAGUUUGGGUUCGAAGAAGUCUUCGUCCGUUCAUCCGGUAUCCAAGUGUCUCUUGUGUAGGCUGCGGCGUCAUGGGCUGCCUUGGGAAUAAGGGUGCCGUUUCUGUUAGAUUUCGGCUACAUGAAACAAGCUUCUGCUUUGUAUGCAUUCAUCUCGCUUCAGGGGGUAGAGAAGGAGAUGAAAAGUAUAGAAACUCUAAUGUAGCUGAAAUAUUAUCUCGGACAAGCUUCCCUAGAGGCCCUUCACUUGAUUUGCCGCGAAAGAUUCUUGAUCAUGACAUGGUUAUCUUUCUUGGGGACUUGAAUUAUAGAAUUUCUCUACCAGAAGCAACAACAAGAUUAUUAGCAGAAAGAGAAGAAUGGAAUGCGUUACUUGACAAUGAUCAGCUGAGGAUGGAGCUCAUGGAUGGCCAAGUAUUCCACGAUUGGCAUGAAGGAACGAUUAAAUUUGCUCCCACUUACAAAUAUUAUCCGAAUUCUGAUAUAUAUUAUGGAAGUCAUGAAGGCAAAAGAGGCGAAAAAAGACGUGCUCCUGCAUGGUAAAUAUAAUCUUCUGAAUAAAUUAAUUGAGAAAUCAAUGAUAUUUAAAGGAAAUUUGAUAAGGUCGGUCAUGUUCUCUUCUGCUCUUUUAGGUGUGAUCGGAUAAUUUGGUAUGGAAAUGGUUUAAAGCAGCACAUAUACACAAGGGGUGAACUAAAGAUGUCUGAUCAUAGACCUGUCAUCGCAAUUUUUACAGCAGAAGUUGCGGUUUUGCCAAGUUUGAAAGGAUUCCACAGUUUCUUUCUAUCCGACAGGUUUGAACCAAUUGCAAGCCACUGUGCGGUUUCCUCAGCUGAUGAUAUUUUAUGUAAAGGCAGAUCAAGUUUCGAAAUGUAAAUGUAAA